CGCCGUCGUUACGGAGUGAAGUGCGUCUCUUUGGAGCAGAUACCGGCUGAGAGAAACGCAGCAACAAGAGAAAGGAAUACAUUUCGGGCUCGUUUCCACCUGGAUUAUCACCGAGCACCGCACAGCCCCUCCGGAACAUUCAAUUUGACCCGAAAACUCGAUGUGGAAGCUGGGCUGAGGCAAGAAAGGGCCACGCUGGGGAAGGCAACUAGCUGAUUUACCAAACCGAGCUCGGUGGAGGAGCCUAGUUGCCUCCCAAGCGACGCUUUAGAAAAGGAAGGAGCGGAUACAUUGAGCCCGAACAGUGGUGAAAAUGGACUAUGAUUUUAAAGUGAAGCUGACCGGCGAAAGAGAGCGAGUCGAGGACCUGUUUGAGUACGAAGGAUGCAAAGUGGGAAGAGGCACCUACGGUCAUGUAUACAAGGCGAAGAGAAAAGAUGGGAAGGAUGAUAAGGACUACGCCCUCAAGCAGAUUGAAGGCACUGGCAUCUCCAUGUCAGCCUGCAGAGAGAUUGCACUGCUGCGGGAGCUGAAGCACCCCAACGUCAUCUCACUGCAGAAGGUUUUCCUGUCACAUGCAGACCGUAAAGUAUGGCUGCUCUUUGACUACGCCGAACAUGAUCUCUGGCACAUUAUUAAGUUCCACAGAGCAUCCAAGGCCAACAAGAAGCCACUUCAGCUGCCUAGAGGAAUGGUCAAGUCUCUGCUCUACCAGAUUCUGGAUGGCAUCCAUUACCUCCACGCCAACUGGGUCCUGCACAGAGACCUUAAACCAGCGAACAUUUUAGUGAUGGGGGAAGGUCCAGAGAGGGGUAGAGUAAAGAUUGCGGACAUGGGGUUUGCUCGUCUCUUCAAUUCACCGCUGAAGCCUUUAGCCGAUCUCGACCCUGUGGUGGUCACAUUCUGGUACAGAGCACCUGAACUGCUGCUGGGGGCUCGGCACUACACCAAAGCCAUCGACAUCUGGGCGAUUGGCUGCAUUUUUGCGGAGCUGCUGACGUCUGAGCCCAUAUUCCACUGUCGCCAAGAGGAUAUCAAGACCAGUAACCCUUAUCACCAUGACCAACUGGACCGCAUCUUUAAUGUCAUGGGUUUCCCUGCUGAUAAAGACUGGGAGGACAUCAAAAAGAUGCCAGAACACUCCACACUGAUGAAAGACUUUAGAAGGAACACAUACACAAACUGCAGCCUUAUAAAGUACAUGGAAAAACACAAAGUCAAACCAGACAGCAAAGCAUUCCACUUGCUGCAAAAGCUAUUGACCAUGGACCCCAUCCGUAGAAUCACAUCUGAGCAGGCCAUGCAGGACCCCUACUUUUUAGAGGAGCCUCUACCCACCUCUGAUGUGUUUGCAGGCUGUCAGAUUCCCUACCCCAAGAGGGAAUUCCUGACAGAGGAGGAGCCAGAGGACAAGGCAGACAAAAAGAACCAGCAGCAGCAACAGGGAAACAACCACACAAAUGGGGCGGGGCACACUGGCAACCAGGACAACAGCCACGCCCAGGGCCCGCCUCUGAAGAAAGUGCGAGUUGUCCCGCCCACCACUACCUCAGGUGGCCUCAUUAUGACCUCAGACUACCAGCGCUCCAAUCCACAUGCUGCCUACCAGAACCCUGGACCAAGCACAUCACUGCCCCAAAGCAGCAUGGGAUACUCCUCUACCUCCCAACAGCCUCCCCAGUACUCCCACCAGACCCACCGCUACUGAAACAGCCCUCCUACACAUACAUACACACAUUUAUAGACACACGUACACACACACACACACACACACACACACACAGAGCCCUUGACCACGCCCACCUGAACGAAUGUACUGCGGGAUGUGGGGGUGUCCAAGGCAACAACUCCCCCACCCCACAGAGGGCACAUUCUCUGCAGCAGUCCGUUAGGCCAGAAUUACAACGACAUUCACUUUAUUUCCAGAUUCCACAACGUAACCCAGAGUAUUAGAAACACCGCUGUAGAGCAAAACCUGACAGGUGAAGCACAAGGAGGGAGGACAAGAAGAAAGGAUGCGUGUUUGAAUCCAACUUGUUUCUGUAAUCAAGAGAAGAUGGCUCAGUUCAGAGGACACGUGUUUAUCUGUGGUGUCAUCUCCUCCCCUCUUCUUCUUCACCCGUCUCCUCUACCUACACCUACCUACCUACCUACCUACCUACCCCAGCCAGUUUACCCUCUUCCUGUCGAAGCUUGGAUGAGACUGAAAGCUGCUAUGUGACUGCCAGCGUUGACAGAUUCCCUGUCCGUCUGUCCUCCUGUCCGUCUGUCUUUCUGUUUUUAUUUUGUGCGUGCACGCCCCCCUGUGAGGGCCUCAGCUGAGGACUGAGCUGAGCUGCUGUGAAGCAUGCUGGGAGGAUGCGGAGCCCCCGCAGCUGUGGCGUUAAGGUUUUUUUUUCUUUUUUUCUUUUUUUUUGUUCAGAGAGGACAGAAAAAAAAUGACAAAAAGAUUUUAGUAGUUUAUAAUUUAAUCUGUUUUCAUGGCAAGAGUAGCAAGGCAGCUUGGACUAGCUGAGCGCUCAGCUACUGUAUGCUGUGGGUAAGCCUUACAACAUGACGACAAAACCAACCAAUCGCAUGGAGGAUGGCAGAUGGAACAUGCAUUGUACUGCAUUGUAUUGAAAUAUUUUACAUGAAGCAAGUAUCCUGACAAUAAAAGUGGAAACAUUAA